CCCUUCUUCAGUUCUGGAAAGGAACGGGAAGACGGCAGACGAGGACGGAGGAUAGCUGGAAGGUGAUGGCUGAAGCCAGGUGGUUGGGAAAGGUGACCUCAUCCUGGCACAAGAGGAGCCCAUGGACUGACGUCAGAACGGGAAUGAAAAUGUUUGGCCAUCGGAAAGUGCCGUUUGACUGACUGAAUGUCCAUAAAGUGAAGCUACAUGUUCUAAGCUAGUAUCUCUGAGUCCCAGAGAAAGAUGCUGCGUGGAUCCAGGAGGAAGUGUAAAAAGUCGACAAAACCAGACGAGAACAGGUUGAUGGAGGAAGGAGCUGCUGACGAGAACCAGGCACGUCCCCCGGCUCAAGGUACAGGGAAGACUGCAGAUGAACCGCCCGCUCCCCAGGCUCCUCGGAUUCGCCCCCGGCUGAUAUUUCACACCCAGCUGGCCCACGGCAGCCCUACCGGCAGGAUCGAAGGCUUCACUAAUGUCAAGGAACUGUAUGCCAAAAUUGCCGAGGUCUUCGACAUAUCACCAACAGAGAUUCUUUUCUGCACAUUAAACACCCACAAGGUAGACAUGCAGAGAUUACUGGGAGGCCAGAUUGGGCUGGAGGACUUCAUCUUCGCCCAUGUGAAAGGGCAAAUGAAAGAAGUGGAGGUGACCAAGUCGGAGGACGCUCUGGGUCUGACCAUCACUGACAACGGAACGGGUUACGCCUUCAUUAAGAGGAUUAAAGAAGGUAGCACUAUCGACAGAAUCAAGACAGUCUGCGUGGGAGACCACAUAGAAGGCAUAAACAACCGAACGAUAGUCGGCUGUCGACAUUAUGAAGUUGCCAAGAUGUUGAAAGAUUUGCCUAAAGGACAACCGUUUGUACUUGCAUUGGUGGAACCAAGGAAGGCAUUUGAUAUGAUCGCUCGAAGGACAAAAUGUGGCAAGUCCGCAGGUGAAGGAAAAGUCGGAAGUGGACGGGAAACCUUGCGUUUAAGGUCGAAAGGCUCUGCAACUGUGGAAGAGGCUCCAACAGAAUUUGAAGAAAGAGCAACCAAGAAAGUGGACGAUCUAUUGGAGAGUUACAUGGGCAUCAGAGAUGUAGAGUUAGCAGCAACAAUGGUGGAAAUUGGAAAAGACAAGAAGAAUCCAGAUGAAUUUGCAGAAGGAUUGGACUCAGUUCUUGGGGACUUUGCUUUUCCAGAUGAAUUUGUCUUUGAUGUUUGGGGAGCAAUUGGAGAUGCCAAAAAUGGUCGAAUCUAGCACGUAUGGUUAUUGUGUGCAGUCUUUCCAACUAUAGGUAUGGUCUAAUUCCUCCACCUUCUCUUUGAAUCAGAAGUAGGCUCUUUCAAACAGUGUUGCAUAAUCUAAACCAUUAUUACAACCUAGAAAUUUAAUAAACUUUCAUGUUGAGUAAACGUUCAUUAGGAAACAUAAG